AAAACUUAAGGAAUACGUCCAAGCAAUAUAAACAUGGAUUACUUUGUGGGUGUUGAUGUAGGAACAGGAAGUGUCCGAGCUGCUUUAGUAUCUUCCAAGGGAAAGAUAGUGAAAAUGACAACGUGCCCACUUGAAAUUUUUCACCCUGCCCCUAAUUUUUAUGAGCAGUCAUCUGAUAACAUUUGGAGUGCAGUCUGCCAUGUAGUGAAGACUGUUGUGGCCGAUAUCUCUGCAGAUAAUGUAAAGGGCAUUGGCUUUGAUGCUACUUGUUCAUUAGUAGCAAUUGAUAAAACAGGAUCACCAGUCACAGUUAGUCCAACAGGUGAGGAUAAACAGAAUGUUAUAUUAUGGAUGGAUCACAGAGCACAGGAAGAAGCAGAUUUCAUAAAUGCACAAGGUCACGAAAUGCUUCAAUAUGUAGGCGGAAAAGUGUCAUUAGAAAUGCAAACACCUAAAAUGUUGUGGCUUAAAAAAAAUCUACCCUCAUCUUGGAAUCGUGCAGCACUGCUAUUUGAUCUACCCGAUUUUUUGACAUGGAAGGCUACAGAUUCUGAAUCAAGAUCUCUAUGCUCUUUAGUGUGCAAGUGGAAUUACAGCGCUGACCCCGAUGGUAACAAUAAAUGGAACGAGGAAUUCUUUGAUCAAAUUCAGUUGAGAGAUCUUAAGAAGGAUAACUGGAGGAAAAUAGGUAAUGAUGUGAGGACUCCGGGCGAUCCUGUCGACCAAGGAUUGUCGGCAAAAGCUGCAUCUGAGUUAGGACUCCAAAAAGGAACAGCUGUGGGAACAUCCCUGAUUGAUGCACAUGCUGGAGGGCUUGGUAUGAUAGGUUGUUCUAUACCUGGGAUAUUUCCUAAUUUACAAAGCAGAUUAGCACUAAUUUGUGGCACUUCGACUUGCCACAUGAUAGUUAAUGAGAAGAAACUUUUCGUCAGCGGCGUCUGGGGACCAUAUUUCAGUGCCAUGGUUCCAGGAUUGUGGUUGAGCGAAGGAGGACAAAGUGCAACUGGAAAAUUGCUCGAUCACAUAAUCGACACUCAUCCCGCAACACCAGGGAUUUUGAAAAGCUUAAGCGGCAAUAAACAUAUACAGCAAUAUUUGUCCGAAUUGUUGCAAACGAUGACUGAUCAGAAGGCUUUGAAAGACGUCUCGUACUUAACGAAAGAUAUUCAUGUAUGGCCUGAUUUUCACGGAAAUCGAUCCCCUUUAGCUGAUCCGACUCUCAAAGGCAUGAUUUCAGGACUCUCUCUGUCCGUCGAUCAAGAAAACUUGGCACUAUUAUACUUGGCAACUGUACAAGCCUUAACGUAUGGUACAAGAUAUAUUUUGGAAACGUUGGAAGCUGCCGGUCAUAGAAUAGACACUUUGUUAAUUUGCGGCGGUUUGAGUCAGAAUCCAUUAUUUAUUCAAAUACAAGCAGAUGUGUUAGGUUUACCCGUAUUAUGCCCCGUCGAAAAGGAAUCAGUGCUAAUAGGCGCUGCGAUUCUCGGGUCUUACGCAGCUGGGAAAUUUAAUACAAUAUACGACGCCAUACAAACAAUGGGAGGAUCUGCAAAUGUUAUCAAACCGAAGAACGAAUGCUACAAAUAUCAUCUUCAGAAAUAUCGAGUAUUUCGAAGAAUGGUACAAGAUCAGAAAGAUUACAGAGACAUUAUGAGCGAAGAAUUUUUAUAACUGCCAUUACAAGCGUCUAUGAUUAUUAACGCUAUAUUAAUGGACGUGAAUGAA